AUGGCAGACCGCGGCAGAGGCAAUCGUGGUCGUGGCGAUCGUGGUGGAGGACGAGGUGGCCCUCGUGGCGGACGUGGUGGUGGGAGUGCCACCUUUUCUGGAUUUGACCAGGGAGGUGGUGACUACCGCGGCGGACGCGGCGGUGGACGUGGCGGCGGUGAUUAUCGUGGAGGUCGAGGAGGAGACUUCCGCGGAGAUCGUGGUGGUGGGCGAGGCGGAGGAGACUUUCGUGGUGGGCGGGGUGGUGGUGACUUUCGCGGUGGUGGACGAGGUGGCGGUGAUUUCCGUGGCGGACGAGGAGGACGAGGUGGCCGAGGCGGUCGAGGAGGAUUCGUUGGUGAGGGCGAAGUAUACAAGUCGAAUAAUACACCUCAGCCAGACCCAAGCAUUACUCAGCUCGAGAACAAGAUCCUCGAUGACUUUGGAAUGGCGGCUAAAAUGUCAGCCUUGAAGUUAUCAUCUAGCAAGAGCAAAAAGCCUUCUGCAGAAGAACGGAUGCCCCUCCGACCGGCUUUUGGUACAAAGGGCACAGAAGUCACCCUUUGGGCCAACUAUUUCGCAUUGGACGUCCAAAAGACGCCGUCACUAUACAAAUAUACCCUGGAAGUGACAUUAGAUAAGGAAACUAGCCUUAAGAAGGACGACCCCUCAUCAGAAGCGAAACCAGGCGCAAAGAAACCUGGUAAGAAGGGUGACGGCCCGAUAGAAGCGAAAGGGAUGAAGCUCCAAGCUAUCGUCAAGUUAGCUCUUGAUCGGAUCGCUAAAGGAAUUCCUUGUGCAACCGAGUUCAAGAGUCAAGUUGUCUCCCUCAAACAGCUACCACUACCCAAGGAUCAAGUAGUCAAGGUUCCUUAUACCGACGAAGGCAAGAAUGAUGUUUACGACGUCAAGUUUUCUAGUGCACCUGACGUUGACAUGGACCAGUUGAGAGCUCGACAUUUCCCUCUUAAUCUCCCCUCUGAAAUUCACCAGCUGGGUUACCCAGACAACAACACGGUCAUUCGUGGAUACUUCCAAAGUGCUCGACUAACCACGGGUCGUAUCCUACUAAACGCCAAUGUGUCUCACGGCGUAUUCCGUACGAGUGGAAACGUGGCCGACUUGAUGAAGAGUUAUGGUACUAAUGCUCCAUACCAGCUCAACAAGUUCUUAGCAGGUCUACGUUGCAACUGUAGAAUUCUUCCUGAAAAGACAGUUCCGGGCUCCAAAGGGGGUCAGAAAUCAGGGGGAACAAUGAGGAAGCAGAUCGCUGGCCUUGCUAUGCCUAAUGAUGGCAAGGGUCAGAAAAAUAAGCCGCUGGUGAAGCGUGCUGGUGGUGGCCCUACAGAGGUCUCCUUUUUCCUCUCAGGUUCUGCUCCCCAGGGUCUGAAGGAAGAUGCUUACUGCACAGUCGCAGACUAUUAUCUCAAAAAAUACGGCUACAGAGUAGACCCUAACCUGCCUGUCGUCAAAUUUGGCACAGCUAGACCGAUCUACAUGCCUGCGGAGUUGCUCGUAGUUAUACCGGGACAGCCUCUCAAGCGCAAGACAACAGGUGAUGAAACAGCCAAGAUGAUCUUGUUUGCUUGUCGGUCGCCUUGGGCUAAUGCGACGUCGAUCAUGAAUGAGGGUCGUAAGUGCCUAGGACUGGAUAACAAUAAGGCACUUACGGAUUUCAAAGUUACCGCUGGUAAGGAGCUGCUGGCGGUGAAGGGACGCGAGCUAACGCCACCUAUUAUUGCCUAUCUGAACCCCCAGAACAGGCCGCAAAAUGCCUUUGUCAAUGAAGGCAGUUGGAACAUGCAGAAUGUGAAAGUCGUCAAACCCGGUCGACCAAUUAACAAGUGGACGUGGAUUAAUGUCGACUUCUUCCAGAAUAACACUCCGGAAGACCUUCGUGAUGCCAUGAAAGCCUUUGUUCAGUUUAUGAUAAAGUCGGGUAUCAACAUAGCCAAUGCUCCAAUACCGUCGGCGAACAAUACAGUCCUCUGCUCGAAAAACGAGCCUCCUAUUGUUCGCUUGAGGGAGAGAUUUAGCCAGUUCAAGAACAAUCCCCCUCAAUUCGUGUUUGUCGUCCUUCCCGGCAAGAAGACCGACAAAGAGAUAUAUAAGGUCGUAAAGCUGUUGGGCGAUGUUGAAUUCGGGUACCACACCGUGUGUGUUCUUCGAUCCAACAUUGUCAAAUGCAAUCCACAAUUUUUUGCGAACGUCGGUCUGAAGGUCAACUUGAAGAUGGGUGGUAUUAACCACAAGUUGAAGGAUGAUGUCCCUAUUAUCAAAAAUGGUAAGACAAUGGUUCUAGGGUACGAUGUCACCCAUCCGACGAACCUAGCAGGUGGCUCAGAUGGUCUUCCAAGUUUGGUUGGAAUGGUAUCGAGCAUAGACCGAGAUCUAGCCCAGUGGCCUGCUGCGGCUUGGUCUCAGACGGGAAAGGUCGAGAUGCUGAACGAAACAUUGAAGGAGAAGUUUGCUUCGCGCCUGGAUUUAUGGAGGUCUAACAACAACAAGGCCUUGCCGGAGAACAUUAUAAUAUUCCGAGAUGGUGUCUCCGAAGGCCAGUUCACACAGGUAUUGGAUAAAGAGCUUCCGUACAUUCGACAAGCGUGCGCGCAAAAAUACCCAGCAAACCAGCAACCGAAGAUAUCAAUUGUAGUAUCAGUGAAGAGACACCAUACGCGCUUCUACCCUACGGAUCCUGAGCAUAUGACAAAAUCCCGAAAUAUCAAGAGCGGAACAGUAGUAGACCGAGGAGUCACUCAGGCUACAGUAUGGGAUUUCUUCCUAACCGCCCACCAGGCCCUACAAGACGAAGUCUUCCGCCCGACCCUCGGAUCGGAAGCUGCUAAUGGUCUCGAGGCCUUGACCCACGAGAUGUGUUACCUCUUCGGCCGAGCAACCAAGGCCGUUAGCAUCUGUCCACCAGCAUACUAUGCCGACAUCGUGUGUACUCGACAACGAUUAUACCUCGAUGAUUACUUCGAGCGUGCCGAGACGCAGUCCACAACCAGCACCCAGACCACAGUGGUGGCCCCAGAUAUCCACCGAAACUUAGAAAACACUAUGUACUACAUCUAA